AUGAAGGUGCUAUGCGUGGCCGAGAAGCCAUCCAUCGCCAAGUCGCUUGCAGGCAUCCUGGCAUCGGAUGGCUGCUCCAAUCGACCAGGUAAGGACAAAUUUUGCCGCAACUACGACAUCAAGUACAACUUGCCCAGCCACGGAUGGGUCGACAUGACCAUCACGUCGGUGCGCGGCCACCUCACUGAGCUCGACUUUCCCGAGCGAUAUCGUGGCUGGAGGAGCUGCGACGCCUUUGAGCUCUUUGAUGCUCCCGUGGAGGUGCGAAUCAGCAAGGACGGCGAGCUCAUCGCAGCCAAUCUGAAGCAGGAGGCACGUAGAGCGCAAGUACUCAUGAUCUGGACCGAUUGCGAUCGCGAAGGAGAGCAUAUUGGAUCGGAGGUCGUGCAACAAUGUCGCGAGGUCAAUAGACGGAUCGACGUGAGACGAGCGCGCUUCAGCUCCAUCAUCGCCAGUCAGAUCCACAACGCCUGCCGUAAUGCUGGACAGCUCGACUGGAACGCAGCCGCCGCCGUCGAAGCAAGGCAGGAGCUCGACCUGCGAGUCGGCGCCGCUCUCACCCGCCUUCAGACCCUCGAUAUGCAACACGCCUUCGCAGAGCUGCAGAGCAAAGUCGUCAGCUACGGACCUUGCCAAAUCCCAGCCCUCGGCUUCGUCGUCGAUCAGUACGAGCGAGUCAUGAACUUCGUCCCCGAGGACUUCUGGUACAUCCUCGUCUCUGACAAGCGGCAGAUGGGCGGCCCACGGGGGGAGAUGGCAACCGUUGAAUUCAAGUGGCGGAGAGGACACCUCUUUGAUGAGGACAUUGUCAAGAUCUUACACCAACGCUGCAAGGACGACGGCGAGGCAGCUGUCACGCGCGUGCAAAGCAAGCCGACCAAGAAGUUCAAGCCCUACCCCUUGACGACCGUCGAGCUGCAAAAGUCCGCCUCGAGGCUGCUCCGCCUCGCUCCCAAGCGCAUCUUGGACGUGGCUGAGGCGCUGUACAAUCGCGGCUUCCUCUCAUACCCACGCACAGAAACGGACCAAUACGAUAAUGCAUUCGAUUUUCGCUCGCUCAUCCAGAAGCAGACGAGCGACGGGCAGUGGGGCAGCUAUGCGCAGGGUCUGCUGGACGAGAACUACGAGCGUCCUCGCAACGGCAAGAAGAAUGACAAGGCUCACCCGCCCAUUCACCCCACGGCACACGCGAACAAUCUCUCAGGCGACGAGCAACGCGUCUAUGAGUAUGUGACUCGCCGCUUUCUGGGUAGCUGCUCGAAGGAUGCGCAAGGCAAACAGACGAACAUCGACAUCGAGCUCGGCGGGGAGUCCUUUGGUGCCAGUGGCCUCGUAGUACACGAGCGCAACUAUCUCGACGUCUUCACCUACGACAAGUGGACUGGCAAUCUCCUCCCACAGUACGAGCAGGGUGAGACAUUCCGCCCUCACUCCAUCACCAAGAAGAAGGGCAGCACAAGUGCCCCGCAGCUCCUUACCGAGGCGGAUCUGGUCAGCCUGAUGGACAAGAACGGCAUAGGCACAGACGCAACCAUUGCCGAGCAUAUUGCCAAGAUCAUCAGCCGAGAGUACGUGGUAGCCAAGCCGCAGGGCAAGGUGACGUACCUUCUCCCCUCGACGCUGGGACAGGGCUUGGUGGAGGGGUACAAUCGCAUCGACUUCGAGAAGUCGCUGAGCAAGCCAUUGCUUAGGAGAGAGACGGAGUAUCGGAUGCAGCUGAUAUGCGAUGGUGCGAGGACGAAGGAGGAGACGAUUGAGGAGAGUCUGACGGAGUAUCGAGCUGUGUUCCUCAGGGCGAGGAGUCAUAUCCGGACGCUGAUUGAGAGUGUCGGUCAACGCUUCAGAGGGGAGGGAGGUCAAGCAGGCGGUGGGGGCGGUGGGGGCAGCGGCGGCAGCGGAGGAGGGGGAGGAGGAGCAGGUCCCGGCCCUUCUGCAGGUCCCUCAAGACCACCUCAAAGCCGCAAUGCCGGUGGAGGCCCCUCAUCACGUGCUCGCCAGCCCAGCGAAGAUGACGACGCAGGCGACGAUGACGACCUGAGCGAUGCCCCUCGCCGACCACCAGUACGACCUCCCAUUACAAGCAGUGGUGGGGAUGGCUCUGCGCCGGAAUGUCGCUGCGGAGACGGCGCGGUGCAGAAGACCGUAGCCAAGGAUGGUCCCAACAAGGGGCGCAGAUUCUGGUGCUGCAGCAAGGGGCAGAAUGAGGGUAGUUGUGGGUACUUUGACUGGGUUGUUGACGGUGAAGCCGAGGCUACGACGAGACCCGCGAGGACGAGUGCGAAUACAGCCCCGACGAGGCCCAGCACUUCGACCGCAAGCUCUUCACGGACAGUCAAUGCCGCCUCGGGGCCGUCGCGUUCCGGCUCUUCAAACGCGAAGCGGUGCGACUGCAACCUGAUUGCUCCCCUCCGUACAGUGAGCAAAGCGGGCGCGAAUCAAGGUCGACAGUUUUGGAGCUGUGCAAAGGAGAAUGCCAGCGUGAGGUGCCGCUUCUUUGAGUGGACAGACGAGCAGCAGGAUGAGGUUGUUGAUGACUUUGACCCGACACCGGCUCGCAGGGGCGCAAGAGACACCGGCGGUGGCAGUGUUGCUACAGCGAAACGACGAGCUCCACCAGCUGGCGCUCGUGAAGGAUUCGAUGUCUGCUUUCGAUGCGGGGAGAGUGGGCAUUGGAGCGCAGACUGUACGAAUGACGAUGGGGGUGGUGGUGGACGGAGAGCUGCGAGCAGCACAUCACGAGGCAGAGGCGGCAAGACGGCGCAAGGUCGAGGCAGGGGUAGAGGAGGCGGUCGUGCGGCGUCAACUUCGAAGAGGAAGACCACCAGCUCUACCAGCGGUCGUGGCGCGAAGAGGCGAAAGUCGUAG